AUGCAGGGAAUGGAUGUAUUGUACUGGAUCAGCCUUUUGCUUCAUCUAUUUCAAAAUGUUUUCGGAAUGGCUGCUAAUGGUAUUCUCAUAUUCUUGGUGCUGAAGAAAACUCCGAAACAAAUGGGAACCUACUCGAUCCUCAUUUUCAACUUCGCCAUCUUCGAUUUUCUCGCAUGCGCAGCGGCGCUUUUUGUGCAGCAAAGAAUCGUUUCCGGUGGACUCAGCCUCUUCUUUGUUUCCUAUGGACCAUGUGUACUCUUUGGAGCUUUGGGCUGUUUUAUUGGAUACAGUGUAAUGAUACACUGCUAUGCUCAUGGACUAUGGACUCUAUUAUACUCGUUUUCAUACCGUUACUACGUUUUGAGGCGACCGCAACCUAGACGCAGGACUGUUGCAAUCACUAUUCUUCUGAUCUAUCUGCCGUCUUUAUUUCAACUUAUAACAUUCUCCACCGCGAACGAUGGAUGA